CGCGCCCCGCCACGCCGCCGCGAUGCCGCGAUGCCGGCCGCUGGAAUCAACAAGCAAGAAGAAGCAGUCGCCGCCUGAGUGUGCGCGAAUCCAGACACGCGACCGGGACUCUGGAGAGCCUGCUGCCUGCCGCCUGCUGCCCCGACCGCGGGACCCGGCCGCAGCCAGACCCGGCAGACCAGCCCGGCAGACCAGCACGGCCAAAGCAGCCAUGCGGACGACGGUGACGGUGCUGGCGCUCGGGGCGCUGGUCGCCCUCACCGCCGCCAAGACCACCAGGCCCAGGCCCCCCGUCAAGCCCAUGGUGGCGGCGCGGCAGUCGGGCCCCGAGUACGUGGACCCCGAGGUGCUGAAGGAGGUGUUCACCAGCACGGCGGCGCCCGGCGCCCAGGCACAGCGCUUCGCCGAGGACAGCAAGGAGCCCCUGAGCCAGGAGUUCAUCUGCACCAUCUUCGGCGGGCCCAGCUGUCCCGUCGAGGGCCAGCCGGAGGCCGAGCCGUGCCUGUGCGACAGCCCGGACGGCGGCUGCCAGUGCGUGCCGUACUACCAGUGCGACAAGAGCACCGGCUCCUUCAACGAGUUCGGCGUCGGCGUCAUCGACAUUCGGCAAGGCAACUCGAGCUGCAGCCACUACAUCUACAAGUGCUGCAAGCCGGCCAAGAACCCGCCUCAGUCCCCUCCCCCGGACUCAUCCCCGCCCCCCUACAGCAACAACCCCCAGCCGUCAGACCCCCAACCGCCCUUCACGGAGGAGCCCCCGUACAACCCGCCGCCGCCUUCCAACCCGACCAACCCCUCGCCACCCUACAACCCCGACGACCCCUACCCCCAACCUAACGGCCCCGGCCCCAUCAACCCGGACCCCGACCUAUACCCCAGCAACCCGCAGCCCAGCCCGGACCCCGGCGUGUACAACCCCACCCCGGAUAGCCCGCCCUACACCCCGGAGAACCCACCCUACACCCCGGAGCCGCCGCCCUUCACCCCAGAGAAGCCGUACACCGAGUCCACCUACACGGAGAGCCCGCCCUACAGCCCCCCGCAGCAGCCCGGGCCCACCAAGUGCGGCGUGCGCAACCCCGAGGGCAUCGGCGUCAGGAUCACCGGCGACGAGGACGGCGAGGCGCAGUUCGGGGAGUUCCCCUGGAUGGUGGCCAUCCUCAAGGUGGAGACCAGCGAGGACGACAAGAAGCGCAACCUGUACCAGUGCGGCGGCGCGCUCAUCACCCCACAGGUGGUGCUGACGGCGGCCCACUGCGUCAAGCAGAUCCCGGCGAGGGCGCUGAAGGUGCGCGCCGGCGAGUGGGACACGCAGACGGCCAAGGAGAUGUACCGCCACCAGGACGUGACCGUCGAGGACGUGACCAUCCACCCGGAGUACUACGCGGGGGCCGUGCACAACGACGUGGCGCUGCUCUACCUCAACGACCCCGUGCACCUGGGCUACCACAUCAGCACCAUCUGCAUGCCCGAGCAGGACCAGAACUUCGACUACAACAAGUGCUUCGUCAGCGGCUGGGGCAAGGACAAGUUCGGCCAGCAGGGCCGCUACCAGGUGAUCCUCAAGAAGCUGGAGCUGCCCAUGGUGCCGAACGACGAGUGCCAGGCCCAGCUGCGCAAGACGCGCCUCGGCCACCACUUCAUCCUCCACGACAGCUUCAUCUGCGCGGGCGGCGAGGAGGGCAAGGACACGUGCAAGGGCGACGGCGGCAGCCCCUUGGUGUGCCCCAUGCCGGGCCACCCAGGCCGCUACCAGAUCGCCGGCGUCGUGGCCUGGGGCAUCGACUGCGGCCUGGCCGGCGUGCCCGGCGUCUACGGCAAGGUGUCCAAGUUCAGGCAGUGGGUGGACCAGGAGAUCCGGGCCCACAACAUCGACGACGCGCCGUACCUGCCGUGAUACCAUUCAUUCCCUGUGAUUAUGCGAGUUGUUUGUGUUCGUGCGAGUGCGGCCGGAGGCUUGGCUGGAGGCCGCCCGGGAAAAAAACAUUGCCACGCACUGUGAUGACGCCAGGACAAGUUUGUUUGGCAAAAAGAGGCAUUCCCGAAGUCCCUGGGCACUUAUUUUUUACGACGAGCCUUGGACAGACCUUGUGAUUCUGUUUUGAGCCUUCAUUAUUUCAAAGUCAUUAUGAGACCGCAACUUCCCACACCGUUCUGCAAUUACGUACUGCAAAUGGCAUUUUGAUCUGACUCCAAAUUAGAAACAAUUCAGGUCGAUCAGUUUUUAUCUCAAAACUGAUUUGAGGUUUUGAUAAACGAGUGGUGCCAUUUAAUUGUUAUAUAUUAUUUAUAUGUUGUGUGCAUAUCUGAGACAUUUCCUUCAAGAGAAAUCUGAGAUAUGAUCCAUUACAAAGUGAGCACCCGGUGAAGAGCACCAGAGCUCUGUCAGAGGGCUGAGAAGCCCCCGCACACCUACGUCGAUUUAAGUUCUGCGAGGGACUGGACGUCAUAGUAGUUUGUAAGAUCCUUAUAGAAGUGCUAAAUAAAGUCGUACUACAUUAUUUAA